AUGGCUGAUGACGGCCUCCUUCUCAACUUCUCCGUUAAUGAGACUCCUGCAAAUCACUUGCAGAAGUUCAAAGGUGGGUCCUGGAGAGAACGUCUACAAGCGAAAAGAGACGCCAAACGAGGGACAAAACCAAGACAGAACGAUCCGAAUAAAGUCCCUAUAAAGUCGAGGGAGCCUCAAUCACAGACUCCAGACCUUGCAGAAACGCGGCCGGCCAAGAGACGGCGUGAAAACGGCUACACUCCGCCUUUCAGUGAACCUGGUUCUCAAUCUCGGCCCCAGGGACAAAAGCGCAAUGAAGCAAACACAACUGCAGGGCCUCGUGAAGUGAUCUCCUCCCUGUUCACAUACAAUCCCAAAUCGACCCUUGUGUCUGAGCCGCAGGAGAACCAGCAAGAAGAGACCCCGGCGAUCCCUUCAAACGCACCACUAGUUGAUGGCAUCGACACUUUCACUUCCCUUGGCCUUUCCCCAACUAUUGCCACUCACCUUCUGACCAAGAUGAAUCUCAAAGCCCCUACUGCCAUCCAGAAAGCCUCUAUAAUCCAGAUGUUGAAGGAAGAUAGUGACGCUUUCGUUCAAUCCGAGACAGGAUCUGGCAAAACUCUGGCAUAUUUACUCCCAGUAGUACAGCGUAUCAUGACUCUAUCAGAACAGGCCAGUGGUCAGAAUAAGACUGUCCAUGACCCCAGUUUACAUCGUGAUUCUGGGUUAUUUGCCAUCAUACUUGCUCCCACUCGUGAGCUAUGUAAACAAAUCUCUGUGGUGUUGGAGCGUCUCCUUGGUGCUGCACAUUAUAUUGUGGCGGGCACCGUCAUUGGAGGUGAGAAGAAGAAAUCGGAAAAGGCGAGGCUACGAAAGGGCUUAAACAUCUUGGUUGCUACUCCCGGUCGCUUAGUUGACCAUCUUGCGCACACAAAGGUUCUUGACGUUUCAUCCGUCCGGUGGCUUGUUCUUGAUGAAGGGGAUCGCCUGAUGGAUUUGGGAUUCGAAGAAGACAUCACCAAGAUUGUCAAGACACUGGACCAAAAGAAACGAAAGACCGCCAGGCCCGGCCUUCCUGACCGACGAACCACGAUUCUUUGCUCCGCUACUCUGAAAAUGAAUGUCCAGAAAUUAGGUGAGAUCAGCUUAAAGGAUGCUGUUUUGAUUAAGGGCGACUCAGAUGGACAGGAUGAGCACACAGGAAAUCAAAAAGGGGGAGUCGAUUCGGCUUUCCUCGCUCCGGCACAGCUCAAACAGUCUUACUUGGUGAGCGCAACUAAGUUGCGGCUUGUGACCUUAACAGCACUGCUCAAACGAACGUUCGCAAGAAAAGGGUCUGUGAUGAAAGCCAUUGUCUUUGUAUCUUGUGCCGACUCGGUAGAGUUUCAUUUCAAAGCUUUUAGACGUUCGCUGGAGAAGGCACCAGAAAACCAAGACAAUCCAGAAGGAACCCAUUCUUCGGGUGAAGACGAUCAAGCCACGAACCCAGCAAAAGCUGCUGCCGUUGUUGACGCGGACUCCAUCUCACCCUCUCCCGCUCUUUCAACACCUCAAAACCCUGUCACACUUUACAAACUUCAUGGUUCAUUACCACAAGCUACUCGCACGAACAUCGUCAGGCAAUUUGCCAAUACCACCUCUCCCUCACUAUUGAUUGCGACAGAUGUUGCUUCUCGGGGUUUGGAUCUCCCAAAUCUUGAUCUUGUCAUCGAGUACGAUCCAGCCUUCAGCUCAGACGACCAUCUUCACCGUAUAGGUCGUACUGCACGUCUCGGCAGAGAUGGGAGAGCCAUUAUUUUCCUACUCCCCGGAAAGGAGGAAGGUUAUGUUGAAGUGCUCCGACAAUCCUACAGACAAACAUCCGAAGCAGAUACCAGUCGAAACGUCACCCAUACUGCCGCGGACGACGUCCUUAAAAAAGGCUUCUCACCUGUUUCCGGAGUGAUAUCUACCAAGAACAACCGAGCCAGCAAAAUCUCAGAGCAGAAUUUAAAUCAAAGCUGGGAGACCAUUGCCACAGAGUUCCAGCUUUCAAUCGAGCGUUGGGUUCUCUCAGACCCGAAAAUCAAAGACCUUGCCAAACGGGCGUUCCAGUCGCAUGUCCGGGCUUAUGCCACGCAUAUUGCAGCAGAGCGAAAGUGGUUUGACAUCAAAGACCUGCAUUUGGGGCACCUGGCCAAGGCAUUCGGACUUCGAGAUGCGCCUGGCCGUGUCAACUUGGUCGGACAAGGACGUUCUGGCGCCGGCGGGAAGAGCAGUAGGGCAAGGGGCGGUAACUCAGAAGGUCAAACUACCAAUAGUGGUGCUGGAGGCGCUGGCGAUGGUGGCGAACCAGAUGAGUCAGCCAAGAAGAUGCGAGAGAAGGUCCGUUUGAAUCGGAAAUUGAUGAUGGGUGGUGGUGGUGCCGACGAGUUCAAUAUUGCAUAG